GUGCGGGCCGAGCUGCGCGGGCGGGCGCGGAGCGGAGCGCGGCGGAGGCGGAGCGCUGCGAUGUGCAGGAUGUCGUUCAAGAAAGAAACACCACUUGCCAAUGCUGCAUUUUGGGCUGCAAGGAAAGGAAACCUGGCUCUCCUCCAGCUGCUGCUGAACAGUGGGCGAGUAGAUGUGGACUGCAAAGACAGCCUUGGCACAACAGCUCUGAUGGUAGCAUCUUACUAUGGCCACAUAGAUUGUGUACGGGAAUUGGUGUUGCAAGGAGCAGAUAUCAAUCUGCAGAGAGAGUCAGGUGCAACUUCUCUGUUCUUUGCUGCACAGCAAGGCCACAAUGAUGUGGUGAAGUAUCUCUUUUCAUUUGGAGCCUCCACUGAAUUUAAGAAUAAAGACGGAGGUACAGCUCUCCUGGCUGCCUGUCAGUACGGGCAUGCGAAAGUAGUGGAAACUCUGCUGAAGCACGGCGCCAACAUUCACGAUCAACUCUAUGAUGGAGCUUCUGCAAUUUUCCUGGCGGCACAAGGAGGAUAUUUGGAUGUCAUCCGAUUGCUGCUUUCUUCAGGAGCAAAGGUUAACCAGCCACGACAGGACGGGACAGCUCCCUUGUGGAUCGCCUCACAGAUGGGUCACAGCGAAGUGGUGCGAGUGAUGCUGCUCCGGGGAGCGGAGCGAGACGCCGCACGGGAUGAUGGUACAACUGCUUUACUGAAAGCUGCCAUUAAAGGCUACAACAAUGUGAUAGAAGAGUUGCUGAAAUUCUCUCCCACACUUGGCCUGCUGAAGAAUGGGACCUCUGCUCUCCACGCAGCCGUCCUGAGUGGCAACGUGAGGACGGUGGCGCUGCUCCUGGAGGCAGGAGCGGAUCCAUGCCUGAGGAACAAGGCAAAUGAACUGCCAGCAGAACUAACAAAAAACGAACGCAUUCUCCGACUCCUCCGCGCAAAGGAAAAGCAAAGGAAAAGCUAAUGCAGCCCUGUGGCAGAUGCAGUUUGACAGAGAUGUGCCCUGACCACAAGCAGCAUGACAGAAAUCCUAGGUUGGAACAGUUUGCAGAACCGAUUAGCCUGUCCAGUACACGCUCCCUGAACGCAGCAGGCCCUUGCCACAGGGUCGCCACGGGCUGCGACCUCCGCCCGGCAUCGCCGAACGCGGGACCGUGACGAGAGCAGGCGGUGGCCCAGGAGCUGCGUUUGCGCCGCAGCCCUGUCUGUCCUCCAGGAUCCCACCAACUCCAACACCGUUUGCUCCCCAUGCAUCCCGGCACAGGCAAGCACCCCUGCUCCUUCAGACACGCACCCCCUCGCUGUCAUGGCCACACCUGCAACAGUGUGGGUAAGGAGCACUCGGCCUUGUGCCAGGAGGACGCCCACGCCUUGCAGCUGUUUGGAUGCAGUAGGUCAUGGAGCAGCCCCAUGACGCCCCUGCCCUCCCUUUGCUGACAGCGACCGUUCCUCUUUACCUCCAAGUGCCACGUGAGACUAGAGGUGAGAUGCCACCUGAGCCAUCACAACAGCAAAAGUUUUCCUGUCAGCCCAGGGCCGAGGUGACAUUUUUGCUACUACAUGAAGCUCCAUAAAAACAAUCAAGAGUAUUACAAAUGAUGCCAAAAGCUACCAACCAAACAAAAAGCAAGGGGAUGUCCUCUCGGUUGCAGCAUCUUGAUCUGCCAAUCUGUCCAGCAACAGAAACACCAUGGGGCAGUUGAUUUUGCGAUGCCUACGCAGUUUAUGGGGAUCCUUCCCCAACCUUAUGCGCAUUUUUAUGGGUAGAGGAGGACUGGUUGCUGAGCAAAUCAGCCCUGCCCAAAAGAGUAUUUUUCCACAGGUGCAAGUACAUCAGAAGCUUGGCUGUCAGGCACAACAAACUGCACAGAUGCUACACGAGUGGUAUUUGUAUGUUCUGCACCCAGAUAUGUGACACUGCGGUUUAGUACCCACAGCUACUAUGCAAAGCACUCAUCCCCCAGGUCUGUGGCAGGAGCUAAGGAAGAAGUGCACAGUGUACAGGUGUUUCAACACUUGGUGAGAGGGUUACAUGUAGCCAUACCUGAACAGGCCAACUAUUUAUUGCAGACAUGGAAAAUGAAGUCUGAACAGUAGUUUUGGCCUUUGUUGUGGUUAAGACACUUAGACAUGCUACUAGUGUCUGUGUGGGGAAGGAGUGCAAAUUGCAGGUGGUUUGUGAGGAGCUAUGUUUUAACCAUGUUGCUCUAAGACACCCCAUUAAAACCCAGUCAUUUCUGCAGUAUAAACAGUAUACGACAUGUCCUGUUAGCCACAAAAGCAUUAGAGAUUAAUUUACAAUGAGUUGAGGUAAAAUGUCAGUUCAGUACAUACAUCCAGGCACUCCACCUACUUUCAAACCAUGGAAAAUUACUGAAGAAUUGCUUUAAAAGUUGAAGACAAGGACACAGAAUAAUUCUUGCUUAAGAAAUGUCUGCCUAAGAUUCAGCUGAACUGCUGCACUUUUGCUUUGGCGAGUUAAAAGGAAAUCUGUAGGUGAGCUAACACGAAUGUAGUUUAUGUAUUGCAAAUUAGCCAUAUGAAUGAUGAAAUUAAUAAAGUUGUUCUUUUUGUGAGUAAGUUAGGUAAAUAGUCAGUGUUCUGGUGAUGAGAACAGUACCAGGUGUACCUUUUCUUGCAUGCUGGAAUUCCUAUUCAAUUUCUAUUCUGCAUUAAAUAGGAAAGCUUUAAGUUUUCCAACAAUGUAAUAAGAAAAUUGUAUUUGUUUAGGUAAUUUAUGCUGCUGUAUUUUUAAAUUAAAAUAAUGUUGUGCCUAACAAAAACUUGCAGAUGAACUGGUACAGAACCAAAGAAUUAUGCAAGAUGCUUAGAGAAUUACUGUAUCCAGGUUCUGCAAAAGACUAAACACUGAGCAUGCAGAAAUCUCAGGAGCCUUAUUGGGAUCUUAAAUUGCACAGCAUUACAAAGGACUGCAAUCUAACUUCUUUACCGAACAACACUGGAGAGAGCAGGCUUUUUUGGAGCCUCCAGUGGGCUGAAGAUGAACAUACUAUUUUGGAGAACAGUAGAGGGACUCUGGGCAGCCUGGCCUCAAUUUUGAACUUUCACCCUAAAUUUUCUACAAAUCAACAACUGGCAACAACCACACUCUCAAGGUGAAAAGCCCUUUCAUAUCUGUAAAGGAGGUGAAUAAUCAUUAGAAGGUCUUCAGUAGCUAUGCAAUAAAUACUCUUAAUAUCAGACAGGCUGUAGUAAUCAUGCAGUCCUUCUAAAAGAUGUGGAAGCAUCCAUUGUUGGUGAAGGUCUCCUAUUUUUUCCUGAUAGCAGAGCAUAGGAGAGAGUACAAGGCAAGCCAACAGUGGUCCUGCAGCAGCUGAAGUAAGGAAGCUGAGAAAACAAACGCAGGUAUCCAGUAUCUACAGGUGGCCCUUCCUUUCUGCCAGGUGUAUUUUCUUGGUAGAGGUGUCUCAUCCCAAAAGGAGCAGAUACUCAGCAAAGAGCCUCUUCAACUCUGCCUGUCCAUGGGAAGAUGCAUGUCUGCUCCUCACCACUUAGAGUAGGUCUUUCCAAGUCCUGUGUCCAGCUGCCUCUAUGAAUGGUCACUGCAGCUGGGGAUCUCUUGAAACACGUGAAGAACACCUGAGUCCCUGUGUCCCAUACGGAGCAUCUGCUGACCUGAGAGGAUGCAGUUACCAGAUUUUUUUUUUUUUUUUUUUUUUUUUUUGAGUCAUCUUGUGCUAUAAUGGGCUUUUCCUAUUUCUGAACAACAAUUGUGAUGUGGGGCUAGCACAGAUUGAAGGGAGAGAUUUGUUGGUCUCUUCUUGCUCUUGUUAGUGGUGGCUGAUACAACACAUAGGCUGUCUGGGGGGAUGUGUCAUGGAGAACUGGCACUGAAAUCUUUCUCUGCCCGAUUCAGGUUGAAGUUGAAUCUAGCUUCAGCAAAGACACUGUUCAACCAAAAUGAGACUUCUGGCAUGGAAACCUUCAUUUCGGGAGCAUUUGUUUCAUCGUGGAGCCUUUGGAGAGAGGGAUGGUUUCAGUUUUGGGCUCCCUGUAACCCAAAGGUGCUUAAAUCUGCCUGUAUAUGGGCUCUAAAUUUGCAAUACUGUUUAUCACCAUGCAAUUAAUGUUUUCACAAUGAAACCUUAAUAAUUAUUAGUAUUUGUGUAGCUGUUGUUUUCUUUAAAGUGUUCAGUAAAUACUGCUGUGGUUUGUUUGUUGUAUUAAAAUGGAAGCCCAUUUUCCCUUGGUGGCUGAAGUGAUUCACUAAUACUGACAGUUGUUCUUUGCACAGUUCUGGUGCCUUUUGUGUAAGGUUUUCCAAGUGCUCUACAGACACCAUUAUCUUGGUAAGUUCCAAAAUGCUUCACUGAGGUAAGCAAGGAAAUAAACAAUUGCAUUCACAGACCAGUGAAAUACAGCAGUUCUUCAUCUGUUCAUGUCAACAGAAAAGAGUAAAUUUAGACAUUUAGAUUUAGAAAUUAUGGGGCACUAAACUAAUUUCAUAGAUGACAGGAUGCAGAUAGAUAUAAUAUAAAGAUGUGAAAGAGAACUGGGACAGAAUAACACAACAAAUGUUUCCGAGUUGUGUUUUGGGGUUUCUUUUCCCUUUAAAGUCAUAUAUAUCUCCAUUUUACACCCAAAAAGAAUAAGCUCCACUAGCACACUGAUUUCAGGUUUGCUUCUCUGCACAUUCAGAGCCAGAGGCUCAGCCUGUUGUCCCCUCUACAUUUAUGCAGGUGCUAUUAGCUUGGUGACUUCCCAUCAGCUGCAAGUGAGUACAAUGGAUGUGCAAUCAAGCAAAAGGCCACAUCAAUGAGUCAAGGCAAAAAUAUAGGGCAUUUUUCUUUUAUUUCACUAGUGUCAAGUCAUUGUGUGAUAGGGAUGAGCACAAGGAAGAGCCUGCAGGGCCUAGAGAGCAGUGACAUCCCAGCACAGACAUAGCAGUGGUGGAGACUCAGAGGUUCCAAAAUACUUGGAGCACUUAAUUGAGAUUAUCACUGCAGUACACUGUGCAGGGACAUCUAUUCAGUAAUGAUAUGAAAGGCAAUAUUGUUCCACUUGACUUGCACAAGCUCUUCUUCUCCUGGAAUGAAACCAUCUCAUUAUUGAUUCAUCCACCUUUGUUUAGCUUAUAAGAGCUGAGAGGA